AUGGCAGCUGCUGACACUGUUGGUUUCUGUUGCCAUGAGCUGGUCAUAGCUGACAUGAUCGGGUCAUUGCCAUUGGAGAAAGUCAAAGACGUGGCCAACAAAGCAAGGGAAUUCUAUGACAAAGAAGGAUUGCAAAAUAUUGAUGACAAGGCAUUCACAAAAAUGAUGUUCAUUGACGGUUGCUUCGUUCUAGAGUUCAUGACCAUGUGCUUGCCGCCGAUAGGAGAUCAAGAGGAGUAUCAUCCUAAGAAGAUGAUAACUAAUGACAUAGGUAAUGUCAAGCGCGACUUGUUCUUGUUAGAGAAUCAACUCCCUUACAUUGUCCUCGAGGCUUUAAUGAAGGCCAAAAAACGAUAUUGGAAGAUGAUGAUUGAAAUAUUCAUCAUUAUCUAUCGAAGACUUCAUCCUGCAGUCAAACCAGAAGAUAAAUCUCCUCUUCAUCUUCUAGACAUGAUGAGGGCAAGAUUUGUGAUACAAAGUGCUACUGUCCCAGGCGGAAAAUCUCAAAUAUCAGAGACCGAUGAUCGUAGAAGCAGUUUCGAUGACAGGUUCAGCCCCAACAAAACAGCCAGUGAUUGGUACUUUUAUUAUCCAGCCAGGGUGCUCAAGUCUGUAGGAAUCCAGUUCAGACCAAACAAAACAGGUAGUUUCAGCGAUAUUAAGUUUGAAUCCAAUCUACUUGUCGGGGGAGUGCUCACACUUCCUCCAAUACGCAUAGAUGCCUCCACCAAGUCGCUGCUGCUCAACUUGCUGGCUUUCGAAUCGAGUUGCCAUACCAACUCGACGGACAACAUAGAGCAGGGUCUCGUCACCUCUUAUAUGUGCUUCAUGGACUCACCUAUUGACAAUGCUGAAGAUGCAAUGAUCCUCAGGAUUCAGAACGUCAUCAACAAUUGCUUGGGAAACGACCAACUGGUUGCAGACCUAUUUAAUGAAAUUGCAAGCAAUUUGGUCCCACAUCCUCGUACUUAUGCUGAAGCUAAGCUUGGAAUUCAAAAUCAUUGCAAUAACAAGUUCAAGAAAUGGAUGGCAGUAGGUCACCAAGUCCAUUUCAGAAACCCUUGGACGCUUCUUGCAUUAUUUUGUUAA